AUGGACUCAGUGAGUUGCAAGAAGCGGGUACGUGACGAGCCGACCGAGUCGACUCAGCCCGAGUUAAAGAGAUUUAAAGAGGAUUUCCUAGACGACCUUGACGACUCGGACAUAUGCACAACGAGUCACGAUCUCGACUCGUUCAUGAAGAGCUUUGAGCAAGAAAUCUCCGGUUCGACUCCGGCGAAUGAGUCAUAUUCCGGCGAGUCUCGGCCGGAGCUCGGUUACCUUCUCGGAGCUUCCGAUGAUGAACUCGGCAUUCCGGCGACUGUUUCCGACGACAAGCUGACUGACACUGAGUUGUUCCGAGUUUCAACCGAGUCAGGUGAACUCAGUGAGUUGUGGAGGUUUGAUGAAGCUGUUUCGGGUUAUGACUCGUUCAGUUUGGAGUUUUACGACGACGUUUUUGAGUUUUGCAGUGAUGAUAAUGUGGGCGAAUUUGUAGCGCCGGACUCUGUGUUUGAUUAUGCGGAUCUCGGGUUCGGAUCAUCCGAUAUAAUACCCACACUUCAAUAA